GCGUAGGCGGGAGAACUGCACAGCCAGCGGUAGUGCCUGGUUCUCAUCUGCCCCGUUGUUCCAGUUAGUCCCCGUCAGCGGGAUGAGCGCUCGCUCGCCACCGCUGUCGGCUUGUCUUUUGUUGCCUUCCCCUCCGCUUGCUGGGGCACGUGGCUAGUCAUCCUACGGGAAGGAGGGGCGAGAGGGAGGGUGGCUGUGUGGACGGAGUAGGCGCUACGGGUGCUAUCUGUUUCCAGUUGAAAAGGGGGAGAGGAGAGAGCGGAAGAAGGGUUGGGGGAAGGGCGCAAAGGGUUUUGCGGUCGGGGUUACAGAAACAGGAGAAGGUCGGGAAGGAAAAGUAGCAAAGAACGCAAGAAAGGUGGGGUAAGAGUGCGGGAGGGGUUUUGGGGUCGGGAUUAGGGGUACAGAAGGAGGAGCGGGAGUGGAGAAAACGCGGGAAAAGAUGGAAGCCAAGCUAGCAGCGGCGGGAAAGCUGUUCACAGACUUCAAGGCUGCUUAUGUCAGAAAUGAUAACGCGCGAUGCAGUCAGCUCCUGGCGCAGCUGAAGCUGCGCUUGACGGAGUUCCCAUCAUUGCCACCUUUGUAUCAACAAACUCCUACAGCACAGCGUGAGCUGCUCCUGGCACGGGAGGUCUUGGAACAUGCUGUUGUGCUCAGCGUGCGUCAAAGAGAUGAGGUGGCUUUUGAGCGCCAUUUUCUUCAACUGAAGACAUAUUACACGGACACAAGGCAUCUUCUGCCAGUGUCGCCGCAGGAAUACCCGAUCCUUGGCCUGAAUCUGCUCAGGCUUCUUGUUCAGAACCGCAUUGCGGAGUUCCACACGGAGCUUGAGUUGCUUGCACCAGAAGCGCAGGAGAAUGUGUGUAUCAAGCAUGCUAUUGAGCUCGAACAAUGGCUUAUGGAAGGUGCCUAUAACCGUGUGCUCACGGCAAGGCAAAGAGUUCCGGAUGAAACCUAUGUUUACUUCAUGGAUCGCCUGAUGGAGACGGUGCGUGACGAAAUCGCCGGUUGUAGUGAGAAGGCCUUUGAUUUCCUUACGCUUACGGAUGCAAAGAAGCUUCUGAUGCUAAAUACAGAUGAGGAUAUUUCGAGAUAUGCUAAACAGCAUUCCUGGACCCUGCGAGAUGGUUGUUUGGUCUUCCAGAAAAGCAAGGAGCAGUCAGCGUCUAGAGAACUGCCGUCGAUGCCAAUUAUCUCGCAGAUGCUGGGCUAUGCCAAGGAGCUCGAACGGAUUGUUUAGCUCUGUCAGCGCCCUUGAGCAAGGAGAGAUGGGUCGAAGCGUAAGUUUGGCAGGUCUGCGUAGCAGAGGCAAAAUGUUCCACUUUCAGGUGUAUGGAGCUUUAACGGAGUUGAAAGGUAAGGGGUUUGGGAGGUGUAGUAGGUAUAGGAGGGUUACAGCUCCGGCUGAAGAUUUUGCUUGCAGCGUGGGGAACUUAGCGAGCGUGAACUCGAUAUGUUGAGUCUGAUUGAUGUUCCGGAGAGACGGAGGCGAUGUCGUCCAUGAUGUGAGUGUAGGUAUUUGUCACUUUUCAAUUCUGAAACACAGUAGAUCAUGUCGUUUGGUCAUUCGUUGGUCCUGAUCGAUGGACCUGGUCCUUCAAGAUGUGUGGGUUGUUCAUUGCGAUGGGGCUAAUCCAGAACCAGCAUGAAUGAUCACGGGUGGGGCUUUUGUUUUUGGCCCUACAGAGCAUGCCUUGGCGGUUGAGGGCCAGGCAGUUGCUUCUUUGUGACGCCUAUCUAGGUUGUAAUGUGCUGAUUAUGUGGCAAUUCUAUUUUUUCUUUUGGCCUUUUUUCUCUUUUAUUGUUCCGACGAAGUCAUUAUUUCUCGCUGUUAAUGCUUUUUUGUUCGGAAAUGCUGUCUACCCGUUUCAUCGAGUGAGUGAUUUGGGGGCCAGAAAUACAGAAAGGGCGUCUAGUUGGAAAGGAGGGAAGAGUGGUGCUGGUGGUGUUCUAGGGACUAGGAGGGGGGGGAAAUAACAGGGCACUGUUUUAACGUCUAACCUUUUUUUUGUGUGUGUCAGGAAUAUGCAACCUUUUGUACGUUUAAACCACCGCUACCUCCGGGCCUCGUUUUGCCGAGGGGGAUUCCCCCUGCACGCCAAGCUUUGUCGAAGUGCCGGUGCGGCGUCUUUGUUUUUCUAUAGCAGGCGCCGCCAAACAUUUUGCCCUGGUGGCGCCCAGCCGCCGAAGAACCCGGAAUGUGACAUGGUUGAUUGUUGAAGUUGCCUGGCGAAGGUAGUGACAGUUUAAAAUCCAGCAUUGGAAUAG